AUGGACGUCCGUGGAAACGUCGCCGUCUCACCGGCCUUACAGAUAGCAGGCGUUUGCCUGCUUGUGACGCUCAGCGUGCUCCUCGCGUCCGUGUAUUUGCUACCACGUUGGCUGCUGCGUCUUGUCGAGUGGAACUCGCAUCCUUCCGUUCUCUGGAGUGUACGGACGUCGUUACGCGUGUGCUCUUUAACUAUCGACGACGCUCCAUCACCGUCCACACCUGCGAUCCUCGAUAUCCUGCGCGAACACAACAUCAAAGCCACGUUCUUCAUAAUCUCCGGUCACAUACCGGGCAACGAGGAGGUUCUACGCCGUAUCGUACGCGAGGGUCACACGCUCGCCAAUCACCUCACAGAGGACCGAGCCAGCAUCUUGGACGAGCUGCAUGUGUUCGAGCAGAAGCUUCAAGAGUGCGAUCGAGCCAUCAGCGAGUAUCAACCAAUGACUGAGGAGACGCCGAGUGAGCCACUGGAGACUCAACAGCUUCUACUUGAGGAGAAAGAGCCCGACACUGCUCCUCCAUGGAUGCGUCCGGCGUCUGGCUGGUUCACGACUCCCAUGAGAGAAAUCACAGCACGUCAUGGCUAUCGCAUCUGUCUGGGCAGCGUGUACCCACACGACGCUCAGAUCCGAUCAGAGACGAUGAACUCCAUGUACUUGCGAGCACGCACGAGCUGUGGAUCGGUUAUUAUCGUGCACGACCGCUCGUGGACGAUCGGCGUCCUGAAGACGGCGCUUCCUGUGCUUAUACGCAAGUUCACGUUCGUGGGUCUCGAUGAACUCGUGUCGUAUAACAAACCCAACGUAGAAACAAGUGACGAUAGUAUUAUAAAACCACAGUAG